AUGUCGUUUCUCUACCCAGGACAACACUUUGUCGUGCAAGCAGCGCCAAUGCACCCAGCACGCGCCUUCCAAUGCGGAGGCGCCGAUGCACUUAUCGCGCCACAGCAGCUGCUCGCGAUGCAGCUUGCUGCGUACGAAGCCGAGAUGCAGGAGCAACGCGCUGCGUAUCGCCAGGAAGCAUUUCGUCGCAAACAAAAACGCGAGCUGGAAGAGUUUGUCAAGUACCUCGUCGUCCAAGAAGCACUGGAGGAGCAGCGACGCGAAAAUGAGCGCCGUGCUGCACUCGCCGCGGAGCGUAAGCGUCAGGCAGUAGCCCACCAUCUUGCGGCGCAGCGCAAAUGGAAGGAACAGCAGCUGGAGGAACAGGCUGCGCACCGUGCGCUGCAACACGAGCCGGUGGUGAGAAUUGGAAACUUGCUAUUUGCCGUAUCGGAUAUUUGCAACCCAGACGACAGUGCAUGCGUGGAUGCGCGUCGUUGUGCAGAGCGCUCUUCCAUUGGUAGCGAUGAGCCGCAGUCCAAGGCGGACAUGCUUGUAUUGGCAGCGGUCGAUGCGCCUGUUGCACGCGCGGAAAGCAGCGUGGGCAUGACGCAGGACGCGACUAAAGACACGUCCAUGCCUGAAAACAAGCCCCCGACUAAAGACACGCCCGCGCCCGACAACACGCGCACAUCAGAAGAUACACUCUCGACCAAAGAUACACCCACGACCAAAGAUGCGCCCGCGCCUGAAGACACGCCAACGACAAAAGACACGUCUGCGCCUGCUGCUGCCAAGCCCGAGACGCCGGCCGAGGCUAAGCUACUAUUCUCGCGCAAUUUCCCUUGCCUCGACACGCGGUACGGUCAAGAUGUGCGCAAACAAGCGCGAGCGGACAAGAUUUCCGUUGAAGCAAGCCCCCAGCACAAUGGAAGCAUUAAGAUUGCUGGUCUGUGGAGCACCUCUCCCACAAAGCGUCCUGCUUCGCCACCUUCGCCGCAUGUGAGCGACGUGGAUGAAAAUGGCGAGGAAGUGGACACGGUAUCGCCGUUUGUUUACCAAGCGCCUUCUACGCCCACAAAGGUUGCAUUUGACGACUCGGACACAAUUCCCCUUCCUCCUUUAGACCAGCUCGACCACAUUCGUGCAGAGCUUACAGAUCAGGGGUUCCGCCUUUGGCUCGACCCAAAGUAG